AUGGCGGAGAUUAGUAUUUUGGAACCGCGGGUGGGACCCGAUGGCGACCAACCCCAUUCUCAAUCGCCUUUGAAGCCAUGCGACUACUUCGACUUGAUAUGCGGAACGAGUACUGGAGGGUUGAUUGCUCUCUUGCUCAACAGACUGGAAUAUACGGCGAAAGAAGCUAUCGACGAAUACUUUAGCCUUGGCAAGGAAAUCUUUAACAAGAAGCUGCCUUGGUAUGCCCGUGGGGAUGCUACAUAUGACGAUAAAGUCUUUGAGAAUUGUCUAAGGAAUAUCGUCAAAACUUCCCCUCUGGGGGGCAAAGAUGCACGAUUGAAGGAUGAGCGUCGUUGCAGGACCUUUGUCGUCUCCACCGAUUUAGACAGACACUGCCCCGGGCCAAUUAUCUUAAGAUCCUAUGAUAUCGGGAGUCGGGAGCCUGCAUCUACAGUCACGAUAUUGCAAGCGGGACGGGCGACUUCCGCUGCUCCUACGUUUUUCAAACCCAUCCUGAUCGGCAACCAUAAAUACAGUGAUGGCGGGACUGUUGCCAAUAAUCCAAGCCACCAUGCCAUCAUGGAAGCCGGCAAGAUCUGGGAACUAACGGAUAUCGACUGUAUCACAAGCCUUGGCACUGGACCGGAAGGCGACCAUACCUUGGAAAAUGCUACUAAAAAAAUAAUGGGUCGAUUGGGAGGGUGGGCAUUGCAGAGGAUUCUCCUUCGGCUCUGGUACUUGCGACUGCAACUGGCCCUCUACAGUGUGCAUGCUAUGACUGGCACAGAACAUACACACUACACUAUAAAACAAAAGAGAUGGUUGACAUCUUUCGCAGGAAGCACCUUGAGGCCGCGGGGCCUGACAUGUCGGCAUCAAGCGAAAUCUACUUUCGUCUGA